AUGGAAGUUCACCGCAUGAAUUCUGGAGGAGCUGCUGAGGUACGUGAAGUUCUAGCCAAAUAUCUGGAAUUAUUUCAACAGAGCAGCAUUGAUUUUAAAUAUCAUCUGGCUCCCAAUAGUGUAAUCGAUUGGUAUGGCCGAACUGUGCGUGGUGCCAAUAAAAUUCAUGAUUAUUUAAGACAUGAAGUUAACAAUCAAUUUGAACAUAUCGAAUUUCGGAAUGCUGAGGUAUGCAGUCCAAUUGAAACAAAAACCAGUCACAUGCGCACAAAAGUGAUUUCCACCAAACCCAUUGAUCAUAUACAUCCCAUUAAUCGGUUACCAGAUAUGGUACCAUUAAAAUCCUAUGCCGAUAGUGAUGUGGAGGACAAUGAACAACCCACGAUAUCAUCGGCAGCAAAUUUAUUUGGUGGUGGCGCUGCUGUAGCAGCCUAUAGGCAAACACCAGAAAAAUGUAGCAUAAAUACAUUGGAAAUUGGUAAUCUAACGCCACCAUCAAGUGCUGUCAAAGAUGAAAAGAAAUCCGAAGAUGAAAUAGAUGCGGAUCACCACAGUGAAUCACAAGCGCGAAGACAUCGUUUAAAACGCACACAUUCGGGUAAUUUCAGUUAUCUGAAGCGUUUACCAACAGCACCAUCGACAAGUAAACGCAAUAAAAACAUUGAAGCUGGUGGUGGUAUACGUACCCUGCUCGAUGAUUCAUCCAGUGAAGAAGAUGAAUUGGAAGUUAUGGAGGCAUUAUAUAGCCCCUUACGUUAUUUAGAAGUUAAAGGUGUCAUGAGAAUGCGUAAUAAUAAUAAUGUAAUGCAUGCCGGUACCAAACAACGUAGUGCAUUGUGGCGUGAUCGUACGGAAGUAGAGACACGUAUACGCAUAUCAUAUCGUCGUAAAUUGGAAGAUCAGCAAUUGCAAUUUGCUUUGAUUAUAUAUGAAUCAUUAAAUGGUUCUGUGGUGGCAACACCAACCAGACGUAAUUUGAUGUCACAAUUUUCGUUAUCUUUGGAUGAGCCACCGCAGCAGGUAGAUGAAGAACAAACACCACCACAACAAAUGGAGGCUGAGGAGGAACAUAUUGAGGCAAUUGAGGUUAUUGAUGCAAUUGGACUAACAAGUGGACAACCUGCUGCUGUUGUUACUACCUUGUUAAAUGAAGAUGAAGAUCCCCUUCAAGGGGGUGGUGAUACUUCAUUGGAAGAUUUGUCGGUUGCCAAUUUACGCACACCAACGAAAUUCAGUCAUACCCCGCCUGCAACACCAAAACGUAAACCAAGAUCUUUAAUGGGUACUGCCUCGGGCAUGAAACGUAUGAAUAAUUCACCUCAGGCCCCACCAACACCAAAACGUAGUGCGGCAAGAAGUUUGAGGUUAUGA